AUGGAAAUCGAUGAAGCUAUGGCUAAUUUAAUUUUGUAUUUGGCCCAUGAUAAUCUAAAGCUUACAGAUCCCUUGGUAAAUAUAACAGCAGACAAGUACGUCAACAUAGAUGAUGGUUUGGUUAAUACACAGUUGCUUAUGGAAGAAGAAAUUUUUGAAGAAUUUCUUAUAGCUGAGGGUGUCCUGCAGCAAAUGCAA